AUGCCGUCGGCAGCAAUGUGUAUGAGGACGCUUAGAGCGUGCGCCAAGUACGGCCCCAACCAUGCGGCACUCUUCGCCAGGGCUUUCUCCGCCACGGCGCGGCGGGCUGAGAUCAACAAGGUCUACCCGUCGGCCGCCAAGGCCCUCGAGGACAUGAAGCCCAACUCGACGCUCCUCUGUGGCGGCUUCGGGCUCUGCGGUGUCCCUGACACGUUGAUCGACGAGGUGCUCAAGAAGCCCGAGCUGACGGGGCUGACGGCCGUGUCCAAUAACGCCGGCACCGACAACAGCGGACUGGGCCAACUGCUCAAGACGAAGCAGAUCCGCAAGAUGAUCGCCUCGUACAUCGGCGAGAACAAGACGUUCGAGACUAUGUACUUGACGGGCGAGGUCGAGCUCGAGCUGACACCCCAGGGCACCCUAGCCGAACGGUGUGCCGCCGGCGGCAAGGGCAUCCCGGCCUUCUACACGCCCGCCGCCUUCGGCACUGUCGUACAGACCGGCGAGCUGCCCCUGCGCAACAAUGCCGACGGUACCCCGGCCCAGUUCUCGUACCCCAAGGACGUCAAGGUCUUUGACGGCAAGAGCUACCUGCUCGAGCACAGCAUCAAGGGCGACUAUGCCUUUGUCAAGGCCUGGCGCGCCGACCGCCUCGGCAACUGCCAGUUCCGCCUAGCCGCCAACAACUUCAACGGCGCUAUGGGUCGCAACGCUAAGAUGACUAUCGUCGAGGCUGAGCACAUUGUUGAGCCCGGCGAGAUCGCCCCCGAGGCGGUACACCUACCGGGAAUCUAUGUCAAGCGCGUCAUCCAGAGCACGGCCGACAAGAAGAUUGAGAAGUACACGUGGUCCAAGGAGCCCGGCGAGGAGCCUAAGGCGGCGGCGGUGCUUGGCUCGGGCGAUACGGCGGCCAAACGCGAGCGCAUCGUGCGCCGCGCGGCCAAGGAGUUCAAGAACGGCAUGUACGCGAACUUGGGCAUCGGCAUGCCCAUGCUAGCUCCCGGCUUUGUGGGCGCCGACGUCGAGGUGCAACUGCAGAGCGAGAACGGCAUCCUCGGGCUCGGGCCGUACCCGCGCAAGGGCGAGGAGGACGCCGACCUAAUCAAUGCCGGCAAGGAGACGGUCACGCUGCAGCCCGGAGCCGCCGUCUUUGGCAGCGAGGAGAGUUUCGGCAUGAUCCGCUCCGGCCGCGUCAAUCUCACCAUCCUCGGCGCCAUGCAGGUCAGCGCCGUCGGCGACCUCGCCAACUGGAUGCUGCCCGGCAAGGUCAAGGGUUUCGGAGGUGCCAUGGACCUCGUCAGCAACCCCCAAGCCACAAAGGUCGUCGUCACCAUGGAGCACACGGACAAGAAGGGCAACCCCAAGAUUGUCAAGCAGUGCGCUUUCCCUCUGACGGGCAAGGCGUGCGUGUCGAGGAUCAUUACUGAGCUGGCUGUCUUCGACGUCGACUUUGCGCACGGCCUCACCCUCAUCGAGAUUGCCGACGGCGUUACAGUCGACGAGAUCAAGAGCAAGACCGAAGCGCCGUUUACCGUGGCCAAAGACUUGAAGCCCAUGCCCUAA